AUGAUUGACUCAUUUCAAAUUAAUGAUUUAAAUAAGUUUCGUUUUUCCUUGAGUGAAGAAAAAAUUAUUGAAAAUUUUACAGGUAAUAAAAAUAAUGAAUUUCUAAAUGAUUCUUCUAUUCCACAUAUACUAAAAGAAACGAAGAAUAACAUACCAAAUAAUUUAAAUGAUGAAUAUAUAUCCUUUCAGGAUAAUUUAAAAGAUAAAUAUAAUGAUCAUGGAGAAAAUGAUAAUAGAAUCAAAAAUUAUUCAAUUGAAAUUUUAUUGCACAAAAUAAGGAAUUUAGAAAAUGAAAAACAAUAUUUAUUAAAAUUUUUAGAAGAUAAAAAAAAUAAGGAGUUAGAAUAUUUGAAGGCACUGGAAACUCAGGCAGCACUAGUUAACUCUGAGAAUAAGAAAUCUGAAUAUUAUGAAAAUGAAUGGUUGAAUAUGAAAUCACUGGAAUAUUCAUUGGUAAAUUCUGGUAAAGCAUCAUUAAGACAAACAUUAGAAUUAUUUUAUGAAGAACCUAAUUUAUACGAAAAAUUGGGAAGUCUCACAAAAAUCCAAGAAAUAUUUAUAACAAACUUAAUAGAAGAUCAUAAAAACUUAAUAAAAGAAAGAAGUACAAUUUCUAAAAAAUAUCAUGAAGCAGUGGAUGCAAACUUCCAAUUAUAUCAACAGAACGAAAUGCUUAAAGCACAAAAUAUGAAUAUUUUAGAAAAAAAUAAAGAUAUAAUAGAUGAAGAAACAGAAAAUAAAUUAAAAGCCUUAAACUCAUCACUUAUAUAUGUUCAAAAGGAAAACAUUGAACUAAAAGAAAUACUUGAUCAAUAUACCAAGUUAAUAACUAAUAUAAAGAAGUGCUCAGAAAUAAGUGAUAUAAUGAAAGAAUUAGAUAAAUUUAAAAACUAUUUAUUAAUUUAA